CAAACACCGUGCUUCAUUGCACAGUAUCAAUAUACGAUGCUGUUUUACUGAUGGAAGUAGCCUGAUAUAGUUAAAACAAAACCAUUUCAUUUUUGUAGUACUAUUGUUUAAUAAAAGCAUAGGGUUUGGAAAAGACAACGCUCGUAUAGGCUGAGGAACUUUUGAGGCUGGCUAAACUGCAAAUAUAUCACUCGAAAAAUGCUCCGAAAAGGGUAGGUCGGCCGCAUCCAAGAAGAAGCUAUGAUCAGCACACAUCACUUUCUUGCCUAUUGAGAGAAAAGUGCCCGGCAGUAUAUCGCUUUGUUACAUAUUGAGACUUUAAGUCUAUAGCGAGGAGCAAGACUAAUGGUACAUAUGCACUUGCUCUAGCCUGGGUAAUAAAGCUUCGUAGAAAGCCUGGACAUUUCUACAAAACAUACGCAUAACAUUCAAGUUUAUCCUCAAAAUGCAAAUUCAAUCCUAUGUAGCCUUGGUGGCCGUCCUAUGUGUCGGGAUGAGCGUAGCGUCGCCCGUGCCUCAGGACCGUCACCAUGACAACUUUGUCGAUUCGAGACUUGCAGUUCGACAGGACCGCCACCACGGCAACUUUGCCGAUACCAAGAUCGAAGCUCGCCAAGACCGCCACCACGGCAACUUUGUCGAUUCCAAGAUCGAAGCUCGCCAAGACCGCCACCACGACAACUUCGUCGACUCCAACGCUUAAGGUAGCAUCUACGGAUUAUUUUAGUAGACUGUCAUUCGGUAGUUUAUUGUCUAGAUUAACAAGAAGAUGGCAUAAAUAUACUUAUAUUUUCGUCUGGAAAA